GCGUUCGUGAUUGUCGAGAUCUUUUGCUGUUGCGUGCUUUGGAAAAUAAAGAGUCUAAGAUAAACGAACUUCAACUGAAGUUGUCAAGAAGAAGAAGGUGGAAGUUGAUGUGAUAAAAUGAUGGAAAGCCCAACAAGUAUACUCGGUUUCACUACAGAAGAGCCUUCUGGAAGUGGAUCAGGUUUUUGGUCUGGAAGUGGGUCUGGUUAUCACAAUGACGAUGAUGAUAUCAACCUAAAGGCCUACUUCAUUCCUCUGUGUUUUCUGGCUGGUAUCAUUGUUGUGGUAAACAUUUUCAUCGUUCUAUUGGUCUGCAGAAAUGUGAAACUUCGAAGCAACUGCAACGCAUUGGUAGUUAGUCUUGCCGUUGCUGAUGGAACAAGUGGACUCGUUGGAAUACCAGUGUAUGUGAUCUUGCACUUUGUGCAGGAUAAAAUGACUUUGGUACAGUUAUGUUUUACGAUGAAAUCUCUACACACGUGGUUUUGGUUUAUGUCGAUUGUCAGCAUAUUUCACCUCUUGGUCAUCGCAUGUGAGCAGUACCUAGCAAUAUUGAAACCUUUCAGCCACGACAAGAUUGUCACGAAAAGAUCCACUGGUUUAACACUUGCCAUCAUCUGGAUUGUCGCCAUUGGUCACUCGUUUGUCCCCUGGACUUGGGUUGUCCCCCAGAGUGGUGAAUUUUGUUUUGAACAUGAUGAGAAAGUUGUUCAAAAUGAUAAAAUAUACGCGGUUGUCUCUUUCAUAACCUUCUUCCUUCUACCGAUUGCAAUGUUAUUCUUUGUCUACUUCCGCAUCGUGUCAGAAGCUAAACGCCAGCUGGGUCGUAUCAAACGUGAUUCUGUAUGUUCCAAGAAGAAGUACCCAAAUCUGUCCUCCUGCACACGAUACCGUGGUUUUUAUAUAAUCGGUUUGAUGUGGGUGGUAUUUUUCCUGUGCUGGGCGCCUUAUUUUGCCUCCGUACUCUACGAAACCUUCACCGAUGAUAUCCAGUUUAAAGUCAGUUACGCGUUAACUGUGUUGCGUUUUCUUCCGUCCGUGCUCAAUCCUAUCAUGUUUGCGUUCUGGAGAAGUGAUUUCCGUGCUGCGUGCAUCGAGAAGUUCUGUUGUUGCGGAGCCACGAAAGAUCACACACGUUCAACGAUUUCCAGUGGCAAACAGCAGUUGCCAUUAAUCAGACUCUCAGAUUCCAAGGACUGUAAACCCCAAAAUGUCUAACUUCAGUUUUGCUUAUUUUUGCAGUAUUCAAUUAAUUUCUUAAUCAAACUAGUCCAGUCCUGAAACUAUCAGAUGACAAACUUUACUUUUCUACCAUUGUAUAUUUCAAAGGCUUUACUUCUCAAUGACAAUGCAAAUAAACUUUACCCUUUAACUUUCUAUAUAAAUAUUCAAGAGAUGAGAAUGCAGUCAAAUUUAACAUUUGUUUCACCUGUAUACUAACUUAUAUAUUAAUGAUUAGUAUAGAACAUGUAGACUAUGUUAUUUCUAUAUCUA